UUCACCCUAAGAAGUUAGGAAUCAUUUCCUAGUAAGACUUGGUUAGACUGAUUUAAAAAGUGGCUUGAGCUAGAUAAAUGUUUAUUGUUUGAUUUGUAUCAGUUUUCAUAUAGAUAGAUGUAUUCAUAUUUUGUGAGCAGCCAUUGAGAAUGCUACACUAGUUCAUAUUUUAAAAGACAUGUCUAUUAGAACUUUAAUUACAAAUAUAUGUCUAUGAAUUUCCUGUUCUCCAUUGAGUUACGGAUAUUUCCGAUAUUAUUUAUAUUGGACGGCUUCGAGCAACUAAAACAAAGAAUCCAUUGUGGUCUGAUUUCAGCUCAUUUCCUAAGUUUUAUAUCUCUCUAUAAAUCUAUACUAUAAAUACAUAAGCAAAUCUAAUGAAAGGGAAGUGCACUAAUUAAGUUUCUUUGUUCAAUACAUUUUCUAUUUAUUGUUAUUCUAGUUUUAUUUCUUACUAAUGCCUGAAAAAGGAAAAUUGAAUGAAAAAGAUUUUAAGCGGCUUCGGGUUAAUAGUCUCUAUUUAGUGGAACAGAUUGAGCCUUUAAAUCUUGUUGAUUUCUUAUUUGAAAAAGAUGUGAUUGAUCUGAAUGAUCAAGAAAGUAUCCGAAGCAAAGUCACUCAAAAAGAGAGAGCUCAGGAGCUGUUGAGGAUUCUAUUUCACAGUGGUCCAGGACAAAGUUUUAAUCUCUUUCUGCAAGCGUUGAAAGAAACAGGAUACACACAUGUGUUUGAAAAACUUCAAGACUCAGAGCAACUAAACACACCAGCUGCAUUACCAAUGGCAGAUAGUAGUUUGUAUGAAAACCUGUUUGCAUUUCAUGGCGACGGCAUUAAUGAGCCAAAAAACUGGACACAACUGAACUAUUUAGGCAGUGGUCGAUUCGGGACAGUUUACCGGGCUAACUAUAAGAAGGGUUCUGCUGAGUUUGAGUGCGCUGUGAAGGAAAUUAGAGGAGGUUCACCUCGAGACAUCAUUAAGCAUGAGGCAUCAGUAAGAAAUGAGACAGAGACUCUGGGGAAAUUGUCCCAUGAAAAGAUCAUUAAAUACUAUGGAUUUUGUUCAACGAAUCAAAAGUUCUUUAUAUUCCUUGAAUACAUGAAAGGUGGCUCUCUGGAGAAUUUUAUUGGUGAAAAGUACGACAAAGGGGAAAAGAUUGAAGAGCCGUAUGCUGGGAAGAUAGUCAAACAAGUUUUAGAAGCUGUGGCCUACCUCCAUAGUUUAAACCAUUUUCAUAGGGAUAUCAAAAGUGCCAAUGUACUUAUGCUGGAUGAAUGGAAUGUAAAGCUUGCUGACUUUGGGCUGACCAAAGAGUUGGCUGAGAUCACAAAAACUUACACCAGCUGUGUUGGAACUUAUCGCUUCAUGGCUCCGGAAAUGUUUGACAAAAAACGCAAAUACAACAAACCAGUUGACAUCUGGGCGAUUGGUUGCAUCCUGGUUCACUUGCUGUCAGGAAAGCAUCCCUUCCAUGACGUUGAGGAGAAUCAGCUGCACAAAGAAAUGGACAACAAUCCUUCACCUGCCCAAGAAAUUCUUAACAAAGUCUCAGAGAAAUGUCGAAGAUUUUUCAAACAGACUUUGGCAAUAAACGAGGCUGGUAGAGCAACAGCUGAGGCACUUCUGCAGGAUCGUUUUAUCACAGGAGCCGAACAGCCAGACAUAGAGCCUGAUGCUGACUUGGAAGAAAAAAGUGUAACAAGAAAACCAAUUUCGCUUGUGGAAUCAUUACAAUUUGUUGAUGCUAAAAAUAUUCAUUUUACCCAUCAAGAUAAUUCAAGCAAAUAUCAAAGCGGCGGAGAUAUGCAUUUCAAUCACGCCGUCAGAUUCGACAAUGUUGAAAAUCUAAGUGCAAAUAACAUUAAUUCGCUGAAAGCUGAUGCAGUUACCAACUUGGAUACUAAAAAUACUGGUAAAGUGGACAUUGGUCAAGCUUCCAAUGUAAACAUCGCCUCUGGAACUGUUAGUGUGGCUAAAGCUGGUAGUGUUAACGCUGGAGAAGCUGAAACUAUACAUAUUGAAACUCUAGGCACUCUAAUAAUACAAUAAAAAUAACAUCUAAUUUAAA